AUGGCCGACGACGCGGCACCGGCGCCACCGACGGCCGAGCUGGCCGCCGCCUCCAUCUCCCCCGCGCCCUCCUCCGACCUCGAGCCGCCGACCACCCGCACCCGCAUCCGCGCCAUCCUGGACGCCGGCGACUCGCUGGCCGGCCAGAGCGUGGUGGUCGGCGGCUGGGUCAAGACCGGCCGCCAGCAGGGCAAGGGCGACUUCGCCUUCCUCGAGGUCAACGACGGCUCCUGCCAGGGCAACCUCCAGGUCAUGGUCGACAAGGAGGUCUACCCGCUCGCCCGCCUCACGCACACCGGCACCUCCGUGCUCGUCGAGGGCCUGCUCCAGAAGCCCCCCGUCGAGGCCAAGCAGCGCAUCGAGUUGAAGGUCAAGACGGUCAUCGAGGUCGGGGAGGUGGACGCCGCCGCCUACCCGCUGCCCAAGACCAAGCUCAACCUUGAGACCCUCAGGGACUUCGUUCACCUCCGCGCGCGCACCAACACGAUAGGCGCGGUUGCUCGGAUAAGGCAUCAGCUUGCAUACGCAACCCACACUUUCUUCGAUAAAGAGGAUUUCUUGUAUAUCCAUACACCCAUAAUAACCACCAGCGACUGUGAGGGUGCCGGUGAGAUGUUCCAAGUCACAUCCUUGUUCAGCCAGGCUGAAAAGGUUGAUAAGGAGCUUAAGGAGAACCCUGCACCAUCUGAAGCUGAUAUUGAGGCUGCUAAGCUUGUUGUCAAGGCAAAAGGGGAUGCAGUUGCGCAACUUAAAGCAGCAAAAGCUAGCAAGCAAGAGAUAACUGCUGCUGUUUCGGAGCUUACAAAGGCAAAAGAGGUUGUCUUAAGGCUGGAAGAGAGGUCUAAGUUGAAACCUGGAAUUCCCCACAGAGAUGAUGGGUCCAUUGCGUUUGAGAAUGACUUCUUCAAGCGUGCAGCCUUUCUGACUGUUUCAGGCCAACUUCAGGUUGAGACUUAUGCUUGCGCUCUCAGCAGUGUCUAUACCUUUGGACCGACAUUCCGGGCAGAGAACUCACAUACGUCAAGACAUUUGGCAGAAUUUUGGAUGGUUGAACCAGAAAUUGCAUAUGCAAACUUGCAUGAUGAUAUGAACUAUGCAGAGAGGUACGUAAAAUACCUCUGCAAAUGGUUACUCGAUCAUUGCCGUGAAGACAUGGAAUUCAUGGUGAAACAUGUGGACAAGACUGCAAUUGAGCGCCUGGAGCUUGUUUCUUCUACACCCUUUGAGCGCAUCUCAUAUACAAAGGCUGUGGAGAUCUUAGAAGGUACAGGUAAGAAAUUUGAGAACAAGGUUGAAUGGGGAAUUGAUUUAGCGUCUGAGCAUGAGAGGUAUUUGACUGAGGUGAUAUUUAAGAAGCCAGUUAUUGUUUAUAACUACCCGAAAGGAAUAAAGGCAUUUUACAUGAGGCUGAAUGAUGACCAGAAGACGGUGGCUGCAAUGGAUGUACUUGUUCCCAAGGUUGGUGAAUUAAUUGGUGGAAGCCAAAGGGAGGAGCGUCUUGAUGUUCUUACACAAAGAAUACUCGACGCAGAUCUGCCCUUGGAGCCUUAUGAGUGGUACUUGGACCUCAGGCGCUUUGGAUCUGUGAAGCACAGCGGGUUUGGCCUUGGCUUCGAGAGGAUGAUCCUUUUCGCCACUGGUCUCGACAACAUCAGAGACGUCAUCCCAUUCCCAAGAUAUCCCGGUAGGGCUGAUCUUUAAAGGGUCAAAGAUAUCUGCAUCAAAAUAGAAGAAUGUGAAUCCCGCCCUUCAAAGCCAUCUGAAGGAUUACCCUUUUUUGCUUUAAAAAUAGAAUAUGAAAAUAUCGUGCUUGAUUGGUGAUUUUGGACAGUGUGCCAUGCUGCCUUGGGUUUGGCCGGUGCCUGCUCCACGAUUAUGUCACACUGAUUUGGAUCUGUCUCUAAGUCUCUUUUACUUCUUUUCGUCCUCAACUGUUGAUUGUCAGGCUUGUAUUUUGCUAUUAUAGAUGUUGAAACUACCGUCCAACUUUUUUAUCUGUCUACUGUAGUACAUCGCUGGAAUUUACAUGAACCCCUGGAAAUUGAAAUAUGUAGAUAUGUCUGAAAUUCUUUCAA